AUGGACACGGUGCUCGUCAUCAUGGAUUCUGCGUGCGAAAAGGCUCUUUUUGACCAUCGGAAGGAAAAUCUUGGAGCAUCAAGAAUGCGUCAGCGACUAAACGGACGGAUCAAGCCUCAAGACAACAUUAAACUCAUUCGAUGUGUGGGUCAGGUGAAAAUGAUUUCGUCAGCCAAUCGACCCGACACGGUGGAUCCAGCUUUGCUUCGUCCCGGCCAACUGGAUCGUAACAUUUGAAUAUUUUACCGAAACCAAACGAGCAAGCAUACAGCAGGGAUGUGUCGAAAAGGACGCUUUGCUUCUUUCAAAAAAAAGCGACAUCGAUCAUGAAGCUGUUGUCAAGUCGUCAGACGGACUUUCUUUGAUACACGCAGAACUUGUCUAUACGACUACGUCAUCUACGAAGAUUUAAAGAUUGCGGAGCAGAGAUUUUCCGACAACUUUGAACUGGAAUCAAAGUUCGACUGAAGAAGUGUGGAGUGCCCCGUGAAAAGUUUUGAAAGAUUUAUCGUGGUAAACCGAUUUGUUAUGAAUCUCUACCUUUUCCUGAUAUCAUGAGAUGAUGUGCUGAAUUCAUUGCUUCAUUUCGAAUACGAGAUCGGAGUCAGAAUUAGGUGGUGUCCUUAUUCUCGACGGCAUUUGGAAAAAAUUCCUGUGAAAGUUUCAAUUCAUAGGCUUUUCUUUCUUGUUUUUUGUUGUUUUUGUGUGUGACAGAUUUCGACAGUGAAUCGAGUGUCUGAAGGUUCUUAGCAGUUGGCGUUUGAUCACUUUUGGUGAUUACCAUCAAAAGGCAGCUUCUUCUAAUUCAAAUAAAGUAGUGCUGACAUGCUUUCAAGAAGCGCUGAUGGAGAUACUGUAGUAAAAUUUUUAUGAUCAUUUAAAAGAUUUCUGAACUUUCUUCAUUGCACUGUUGGACUCCCGAAAUACAGAAGUGAAGCAUUGAUCCACUUCAUA